UGAUUUUUCGAGUGUACUUUGAGUGCGUUGGGUGAUUGUGACCACCAAGAUGACAAUUGUUUCAAUACACUCACAUAUUCGGUCUACCACAGACGUUGGACCAAAAUAAAUACCAUCCGGCGGAGUCCCGAUCCCGAUUGGAAUACACCAAGAUUAGGAUCAGCUGCCAGUUAUGUAGAUCUACGCCGUUAUGUCUGGAACAUCGACCUCUGAACGCUCCAACUCCGAAGACAGUCCGUCGAAUACCUGCCUAACAGAGGUGCUCAGGAAUUGUGCCAAUAUCCAGUCGUUGGAGAGCUUGAACUACGAAUAUAACGACGUUCUGCUGACCGAACCCAACGAGGGGAAGAUGAUUACGUCGAAUCCGUACUCCUUUAGCGGCAACAUUUCCAUCAGCAGUGGUCCAAGCGAAGAUGUUUCAUUUACGGAAAGCAUCCUGGAGGACAACGGGCGCAUUUCGCUGGCCUAUGAGAACCUGAAGACAAUUCCGCGGCGACUGGCCGACAAAUUCGCAGCGCAGACCAAGUUUCUCGAUUUGAGUCACAAUGAUUUCCGAAAUCUGAGAUUUCUCUCCUUUUUCGAGGAUCUGGACACGUUAAUCCUGGAUCGCAACGUAAACUUGGACAUAAACACUUUUCCCUACUUGCCGAGCUUAAGGAUCCUGUGGAUCAACAAUUGCGAUAUAGCAAAUAUAACCGACUGGAUACACCGCAUCGAACGGCAGUGUCCUGCGCUGGAUCAGCUCUCUUGCAUGGGAAAUCCUGGCAUCCGCACUGUUUUCGGGGGCCAAAUACCCCGCGAGUAUAUACUACAGGUGCUUCCCCAGCUAAAAUACCUCGAUGGACUUCCGACCAGCAGGAGUGCAGUUCAUGCGACGCUGUCUUCCUCACAAGGACAGGGUCCAGACUCCACCAGCAAUUCGGAGAAGCCUCCACCCGCAUCCGCACUCACUUUCAAGGACAUCUUCCGGCCAAAGCAUUCCAGAAAAUCGCACAGCGGACGGAUGUACGGCAAGGGCUCCUCCACUAAUUGAAGUAAUAUGCCGAAGGAGGGAGGGGUAUUCCACUGAUUGCAUUAUGUCCCAUUGUUGGACUAUUUUAACCGUCGGAAUAUUACAUAUUUAUGAGAUUGUCGUACAUGAUACUCGUUGAGCUCCUUGAUGGCCUCCAGGCGACGACCACGGGCCUUGAGGAUGGCAAUCUUGCGCUUCCUGGGCGCGGCAUUUGUUUCGUCCUUAGCAAUGAUUGCGUCCAGGACCUCGUCAGCCUCAUCGUACUGCUCCAGAGCCUCGUAGCGCAUCGCUUUGAACUUCAUCACGCGCAGGCUGCCUGGGAACUCGAGGGCCAGCUGCUUGGUGCACUCGGUAGCUAUGUCAAAGCGAGCCGUAUCCAAUGCCGCGAUGAUCACCUGCUCCAGGAUAAGAUGCCGCUCGUUGCCGGUCUUGUGCACCUUGUCCUCCAGCACAGCAACCCACAGCUGGACCACCUCCACCUGUAGUAUGUAUGUAUGGCAUGCUGUUGCUCAUCGUAUGUUGUCACUUAAUCAAUAAAUAUGUGGGGUCUGUCGCACAGAGAGAAAUUAUGCUCCACUAAACCGAGUAAUCACAUUGAAAACGAAUUUGGCUUAGAGUAACUUAUCAGAAACCUGUUUUAAACAGUUUGCCCUCAUUUGAUUGCGAAAAAUUAGUUACUAGACAGUUUGUAUGUGAAUAUUAAUAUUAUAAAAAACUGUACAGCUUAAAAAUAUACAAACUGAAAUAGUUAAAUAAAAAAUGUUAAGUGAUUUGUUCACAUAUGUGUGAUAAUUUAACUAUAAAUGUUCACGAGUUGGAGCCAAAUGCAUAUGAAUUACUUGUUUAAAAAUUAAAUACAAAUGGAAUGUUAAAUGAUGUAAUUUUAAACAUAUUCGUUACACAAUAACAUAAUAUACAUAAAAUUUUGUUCACUUCAUGACACAUUA